ACGCGCGCGUAUGCGCAUAUGUGGCGAGGGCCUUAGUGAUUGUCAAUUGUUCAAUACAGGAACAGGGAAAAGUUAAGAAGACAAGCGCGCAGAUGUCGCUAGUGGCCGAGGUAGCAAAACAAGUUUCGAAAAUGAUGGACAUUGGAGCAUGGAGACGUAUACACUCUCCAUAGAUUGGAGAGUGGAGACACGGCAUUGAUAGUUGAUACAUUGAUGGCGCGUUUGCCAAACAGAUGCCGCUAGCUGCUAGAACUUGGGUUGUUCUUACUGCCGUUCUCAACGGGAGAAGAAAGAGACAGAGAGAUAGUCGAAAUCGUCGAGCAUAUAUUGUACCGGUGUACAGCGCACUGUAGCAACGAGGCAGCCGGCAGUCAGCAGCAGUCAGUUCUGCCCGAGGAUGAGUGAAACAGAGCAGGAGAAGAAGGAGGUCGCCGAGCAGCAGCCGGCGCCGGCCGAGCAGCGGGACACGCAGGACAAGAAGGAGAUCGCCGAGGAGGAGCGCGAGAAGAUGCUCAACGCGGAGAACAGCAAGCACUCGGCGGCCGCGCCUCAGACGGACCUCGAGGCCGAGGAGCGCAAGCCCAAGCGCAAGAUCCCCAUCGGCGCCAUCAAGAUGCCCGGUUUCUGCCGCUCCAGGAGCAAGGAGCCCUGCAAGGAGGACGAGAGCCAGCUUGGCGAGAACGCGGACGGUGAGGCGGCCAAGGGGGGGGCCGCCGCCGCCACCGCCACCAACCUCGAUUCGGCCGGCGACAAGGCCGCCAACGGCGGCACGCCAGUCAAAGAACCGCCCGGCGCCGCGGCCCGCGGCGGCCGCAUCCUCGAGGCCAUCCGCCUGCCGCUGGUCAACGUCGGCAGAGUAUUCACCCUGAAGAGGAAGGAGAACGACACGGAGCUGAGCCAAGCGGGCCCCGGCGCGGCGAGUGCCGAGGCGGCGGACGACGAGAAGGCCAACACCGUCGGCGAGGACGGCAUGGAGACGGUGCGCCUGGACGUGGAGACGGCCGACAGCGGCCCGCUCGCCAAGCCGCACGCGCUGGCGCUCUGCGUCGUGGCCGCCCGGCGCAACCUGCUCUACACCGCCGGGGCUGCGGCGGUGCUGCUGCUGCUGCUGGUCAUCGUAUGCGUGGCCAGCCUAGGCCCGCGCCGGGUGAUCGCCCAGCCAGUCAAGGACGGCAAGGUGCUCACGCAGGCCUCGUGCGGCCCGGUGCAGGGUCUGCUUGAGGAGGGCGCCUUCGUGUUCCGCGGUGUGCCCUACGCGAUGCCGCCGCUGGGCGAGCGGCGCUGGGCGCCGCCGGAGCCGCUCGACAAGAUUGACCGCUGCUGGAACGGCACUCUGCUGGCGCACAACAGCUCGCAGCCGUGCUGGCAGCGUCGCCGCGACGGUAGCCUCAGCGGCCAUGAGGACUGCCUCUACCUCGACAUCUACACGCCGCAGGUUACCUACGAGCGGCCGCUCAGCGUGGUCGUCAUGAUCGGUGCCGACAGUCUUAGCGGGCCCUCGCCCGGCAUCAUGCUGCCCUCCGGCAAGCUGGCGCGCGUCCGCGACAUGGUCUUCGUGCGGCCCAACUUCAGGCUGGACGUGUUCGGCUUCCUCGCCCUCGAACCGCUGUCGCGCACCGUGCACCCGGCCACCUCGGGUAACUACGGUCUGCACGACAUCAAGAGCGUGCUCAAGUGGGUGGCGCUCAACAUCCAUCACUUCGGCGGCGAUAAGGACAAGGUGACCGUGUGGGGCCACCGCGCCGGCGGUACCCUCGUCACCGCCCUGGUCGGCGCUCGUAGGCCCGAUGAGCCGCUGUUCCAGCGCGCCUGGAUUUCCAGCGGUAGCAUCAGCUUCCCCACGCUUGAGCGCGUCGAGGCCGAGAAGGACAACGGCGUGUUCCUCGACAUCACCAAGUGCAGAGACGCGGCCUGCCUCAAGAACCUUGACGCCCGGGAGCUGAUGGGAAUGGUGCCACCCGCCUGGUUCUUGCCCAACGACGGUCUACCCAAGAUCAGCGAGCUCACCAGCAGGAAACACCACUGGCUCAUUAAGGACGAAGUCGUCAUUCAGCACCACAUCGGUAGUAUCUUUGCCCAGAACAACGGCGACAACAGACUGCCUUUGCCCAAGAUCGUAAUGGGCACGACUGCUCAGUCCGGACAGCUGCCUGACGACUUCAACUAUAACGCUACCUACCCCAAUACCACAGUCAUCAGAGCCUUCCUGGACUCGCUGCUUGGCACUGCGGCCGAUGCCGACAGGGCAUUUGCCCAAUACAACGCCACGGUCAAGGGCUUGCAUACGCUUAUCUCCGACAUUCGUGUAACCUGCCCUCUUAUGACGCUGGCCACAGCCAGAAACGACAUUCCUUUCUACAUUGUGACUUUCCCGCGCGACCUUAUUGCUGACGUCGACAGCGACGCAGCUGCUAUUCUCGGAUUCUUUCCCAUGAAGACGGCCGAGCAAAAGAGACAUCUAGCAGCCAUACAGACGCUCUUCAGCCAUUUUGUCUACCACGGAGAGGUCGAAAAGUUCGAAGCUUCCAAGAGGAUUCUCAUUGUUGAUCAGGAUGUCUUGCCAAAAGCCGGAUACGACAACUGUAAGCUCUGGAUCGAAAAGAGCCUCGUGCCAAAUUUAGCGAGGGUAGACUAAGCGCUUUUCUUUGGACGUGCAAGAGACUGAGCGAUGGCACUGUUUCGACUUCGAAGCCGCACUUCAAAUAUGAUAAUACGAGAAAUGUUAACAGCAAAGACGUGUGCUGCUUCCUAAUUGUAUUUGCUUUCCUUUUACCACUUCUUAAGCGAAACAAUUUUAAGAUGUAUUAACGAUUCAACGGGCAGUUGCUCCUCUAGUAGCCGCCAAUGUCAUGAUUUUGAUUAAAAAAAUUUUUUUUUUAAAUACGUAAACAGUUCAAUAACGAAAAUCUUGAUAAUUACUAAAAACGAUCUGUCGCUCAUGCCAUAAAACAUUUUCUUGAUUUUAAGAAUCUCGAUUUUUCAAGAACUUUUUUAUUUAUAUAGCAUCAUUUAAUGUUAAUUACAAUUUUUGUAAUUUACGUUCAAUAUUUUAUAGAACCAUGUCAUCUUUGUGAUUGACUUUAUCAUGAGAGACUAUAUUUCGAUGAUUUUCUGUAAAUCAUCCUAAGAUAUAUGAAAAAUUGUUAAGAUUUUAGAAGUAUCGUUACUUCUUAACUCUGAAACAUAUAAACAAAAAUUUAUGUAUACAGAUUAUUCUCGCAUACAUCGUAAAAUGUAUGGUUUUGAAAGGCAUAAUAUAAUAUGUAUGUGUAUAAAUGUGAAUCAAAUUUGUAAUAUAUUGUGAGGAAAAAGACUAGGAAAAUUUGCCAACGCGCACGUGCGUAUAUACAUUUAUAUCUAUAUACUGUAUAUGUGUAUCUACAUGCGUACCCGCUUGUUAAGGAUGUUCUCUUGAAGAUUACUUUUCUUUAGAUUUCCUUCAAACUUUGAAAAUAACUUUCUUUUUUUUUAUUAUCUAUACAUUUGAAAGAAAUCAAGAUUAGGUAACAACAUUCAAAGUCGAGAUAUUCAUCUUCAAAGUUUACUCUUUUUAACAAGCGUCAAAUAGGUGUGAGAAUAGCUGUGAGAAUUUUUGCAGUACGUUUUGGUUAAUUGAAAAAUCAAUUUUUUCAGCGUUUUUUUCAAAAACUAAUACAUUAUAACAGCGAUUAUGAGGCAUCGAAUGCUAUAAUAAAAAACAUGAUACCGGUACUUAUUCAAAAGUUAUAGUCAUCGAGUAUUUUCUUGUCACACUAACAGUAUACCUAUAUAGUAGUACAGUAUGUGAAAACGUUUAUGACAUGUUAUAAUUUUAUUGGUUUUUUUCUCAUUUACAUGCAGUUUUAUCAUGUCCUAAUAAAUAUGUAUCAUCUUAAAAAGUUUUUUAUCUAAACAAUGCUGUUAACCAAACAUUUUUACAAAAGCGAACUUUUUAACUUCAAUGAGAACGUCCUUAAAAAAAAAGAAAAAAUAUGGCGAAAAUCCCAGAAAAAGACAAACUAGAAAACAAACCAAGCUUAGCUUAAUAAAGAGCAAACGAAUAAUGACAAUGCAUGUAUUAUAUAUUCUUGUAAGAUGUGAGCAGAGAAGCGCAAUGACACGAUUUGAAGAGUAUCGUCGAACAAAGAAUAUCUUGAUCUCUCCGUGCUCCGCUCUCAAGCUAGAUUUUAAAGUUUAUACAAUUCGUUAGUGUUUAUAAAAUUAUCACGCUUUAGCACGUAAUUACAGAAUAAAUGACUCAGGUACAAGACUUUUAUAACUAGAGCGAAUUUUUAGUUGGAUCGCCUCUGCGGAAGGAAAAAGUUCUUGCCAAAACAUACCAAUGAACGUGAUUUGUUUAUUUAUUAUUAUGUUUUUACUAAAACAACUUUGAUUCCUUCCUACUUUGAGCGUUACGUGAAAUCAAGAAUCGUGCCUACAAUGGCAAAUAUUCAUAGCAAAUAUUAAUAGACUGACAAUACUCUUCACCCAACCAGUAUUUAACCUCGUGGCGACAAGAAUUGGGAUGCGAUGCAUUUAUAAAGCCUAACCAUAUCCGACUCGUGCGAAAAUGGCCUUUCAACUAUGUAGUCUCAGCGAGAGCUGCCAAACUUUAAUAGAGCGCAAACGUAGUAUUUUCUAGUAUCUCGUAUCACUUUCAAUGUUAUAUUUUUAACAAAGUAAAAACACGGCUAGUUCGGAAAAAAUAAACUAGGAAGGAAAUUUCGUAGAAAGUAAAUUUUUAUAUUACCAUAACGCCUUUGAUCCGCAGCUGUGAUCCGACGCGUCGACUAGUACGCGACAUACAACACACGCACACACACACACACACACACAAGUUCAACGUAUGUAACAGACUUAUUGUCACCUACGAAUUAUCAAUAGUUACGUUAAAACUGAUAUUUUGAUCGAUAUCAUUAUAUUAUUAGAGAUCGUUAGCAUCAUUAACCAUUUUGUAUCAUGAUCGCUUCGUAUAUUGCUGAUUUAAUUUAAUUUAUUUCACAACGAUGUGAUAAACUAGUAUUUAUAAUGGGAUAAUGUCCUUUUUUAUAGACUAAUUGCUAUAUAUGAAUUGGAAGAUAAAAGUAAAAAACGAAAAACAAAUACAUAACCGAAAUAGAAUAUCUUCCGCGCAAUAUCUAUUUAAUUUUUUUUCAUGCAUUGCCAUUCGUUCAUUUUACAAUUUGCGAGAUUUUCCUUUCUUGUAUAACUGUAAGUACUCUUUUUUUUAUGCGAUGACGAUAUAGAUUACUUGUCGAUGUUGUAGCACGUAAUCAGCGAAAAAAAUGUAUUGUGCAUGUGUGUUUUGUUUAUUUGAAAGUUUGUAGGUGAGAGUUAAGUACUGCGGCACUGAGUAAACUCGCCGAAAAUUUUAUUACGAUUGAUCAAGCGUUUCACGUACUGAAUGAUUCUUCUGAUAUUGUUCUAUCGCGACGCACCGUCAAGUGAUUUAUUGUAUUUAAAAAACUGUCAAUAAAAUCAUGUAGCCACAUACAUUGUUCCUUUCCUUUUC